CACUCUUUUUGGUAGGCAGUAACAGCGAUGGAAGGCUAUCAAGGGCUUGAUCGAGGCAUCGAUGGGUGCCUUGGUAAUAAGUAGAAGAUUAGAGAGCAAUGCGUCACAGUUUAUACGUACAACCUCUCUAACUCAAUCAGUUUUCCACCGAGUGUGCCAGUGCAUGGCCUUCUUGUUGGUGUUUGUGGUGUGGUGCAUUGUUGUGUCGUCGUCGGGUUGCAAGCCAAUGCCGUGAGGGGUGUUAUGUAAUCGGGCAUUUACAGCUAGUGCGCGCUCAGCCACGCAAACAUCGUGGCUGCGCCAAUUCUCCAGCCACACCCCGCCGGACCCACCAGCUAGCAACGGGAACAGAAGUUUGGAUGUAAACAAACGCGAUCGGGGAUGGUCAACACGAUUGGGGCUCUGCCGACCAUACCCUCCUCCGUCCUCGCAUUUAUCGACACCGACUGAUACGCUACACUCCCGCAUCCGACCAUUAGCUACCCUUCUUCUCUCUCGAUAUUUGCUUUCCGACCAUCGCUACUCGCCACCGAACCAACGCGGCUCUCGCUCGAUCUCUCACGCUCCGAUGCAUUUUACCCACGACUAAUAUUUGCUCCCUGCGAUCGACGCGUUCGUCCUGUGCAUAAUUGUUUGCGCAACCGCUUCGCGCUACCGAUCGCGAUCAGAUUCUUUCUCUGUCUACCCGAUACGUACACUUCAUAGCCAGCGCAACAGCUGAUACCGCCCGACAUGGCCGACAACCUGGCUUUCGAGGGCCUAGUUCCCAACGAAUACUUCACAUACGAGGGCCGUCUGGGCUCUUUCCAUCAGGUCUACCCUGCACCGAAGAGGCGCCAGUCUGGCGCUACCAAGGGCGGAUCCAAGAGCCUGGUCUGGCCGCACAUGAAAUAUCUCGCGCCGGAGGAGCUCGCGAAAGCAGGCUUCGUUUGGCGCCCGUUCCCCGAUAACCCCGACAACGUUGCAUGCUUCCUGUGCAACAAGUCUCUCGAUGGCUGGGAAGAAGGCGACAAGCCCCUUGAGGAACACCUGAAGCAUUCUCCUGACUGCGGCUGGGCCAUUGUCGCAGGCAUCGAGGUCAACCUUAACGAUUUGGCAUCGGAGGAUCCUGCCAGCACCCGCAUGAUCGCGGCCAGAAAGGCAACUUUUGAUGGGCGGUGGCCUCACGAAGGAAAGAGAGGGUGGAAGAAUAAGAUCAAACAGCUCGCCGAGGCAGGCUGGAAGUACACGCCUUCCCUCGAGUACAACGACAUGGCCACAUGCACCUACUGCGAGCUUGCCUUGGACGGCUGGGAACAGAAUGAUAAGCCUAUGGACGAGCACUUCAACCGAUCACCCAACUGCCCGUACUUCGCCUUGGUACAGCAACACGCCGCCACAAGAAAGACCAAGGGCAAGGGAGCUAGGGGCUCCAAGACAACGGCGAGGCUUUCUGUGCAAUCCGUAGCGACGGCAGCUUCCGACAUCACAUCAACUUCCGAUAUUGCUGCCGAGUACGAUGACAGCGUUCUGACGACAAGCUCCACCAUGGCCGGCAAGAAGGGUUCUCGCGCCAAGAAGGCCGCAACAACCACGAAGACCCGGAAGACCAAGGCCAAGAAAGACGAGCCUGUCGAAGUGAUUGAGGACGAAGCGAUGCCGGAUGAUGAGAUGCCACCUGCACCUCCUCCCAAGCCAACACGAGGACGCAAGCGGCCAAGUGAGGAGGUGGACGAGUCUGCACUCACAAUCUCGGAGGCGCCCGCUCCCAAGAAACGUACGGCCCGUGGUCGUGGCAAAGCGACGACCGACAACUCGACGCUCGAACAUUCGCAGCAAGACAUCAGCAUCGAGGAUGCACCACCUCCAGCGAAGGCGCCCAAGGGCCGUAAAACCGCUCGCGCUUCCGGGACCAAGGGAACGCGUAAAGCCUCGGCGACGUCACAGAGAUCAACAGCCUCGAUAGCGUCUCUUCGCGCCGCCCCCGGCGCUUUUCCUGGCGAUGAUGACGAUGACGAGAUCACCCGGCAGCUUGAGGCUGACCUUGAACGCCCACUGACGGACGAUGAGGAUAUCAUGCAAGAUUCCGAUUCCGAAAGGAAAAGGGAGCCCGCAUCGAAGGCCAAAAAGAAAAAGAGCCAAUCUGGCAAGGACGCCGCCAGCCCCGAACCCCAGGGAAACCACGAGAUGUUCGAUGCCGAGCCAUAUGUGGCAGACGAAAACGACGUUGAUGAAGACUUGAAGCGCCUUGAGGCGGAGAUGACCGUUAAUGAAUCCGAAUUGCUCGAGGUGCCCAAGAAGGGCCGGAAGGCCGCGGGAACCCGCAAGGUAUCAAAACAGACCAAAGCUCAGAAGGCCAAGGCGACUAAAACUGCCGUUAAGGAGGAUGAACUAGCCGCAACCUCCACCGAGCCUGCCAAGGUGGAGGAGCCUGUUGCCAUGGAGGUAGACGAGCUCAGCACCGCCACAGUUGUCACUAAGCCUGCCCGUAGUAGCACAGGCAAAAAGCGUGGUCGUCCCUCGAAGGCGUCUCUGGCCUCGCGUGCUUCCUUGGAAGAUGUUCCCGAGGUCGAAAAGGUGGAAGCCGUCGAACCUGACCAUGUUGCGACUGUGCCAGAACCCGAGAACGAGGUGGAAGCUGAACCCGAAUCUGAGGUUGAAACAGAGUCUGCGGAAACCUCGGCGCGCCAGUCGUUUGCUUCUGCGCAACAAACACAUGCGCCUGCUGAGCAGCAAGAUGAGCUGGCAGGUAGUCCUGGGGAGCUUGAGGAGCACGAUGCUCUCGAGGAUCCUGAGCUGCCUGAGGAGAUUGAAGAGCCUGAAGAAGUCGAAGAGAUUGAGGACGUCAAGGAUGUUGAGGAGGCCGACGAAGUCGAGGAGGAACCUGAAGAAGACUCUGAGCUGGAACUGGAGAACGGGGAUAACAAUGACCCCGAGCCAGAGUUGGAGGCACCUGAAUCCACACCGAGAAGCGCCCCGAAGGAGAGCUCACCGGCCCAUCCCUCGUCACCCGUGGUCGUCUCAUCUACUCGUCGCAGUCUUCGGCACCAACAGGGGACAACUCGCAUUUCUCCUGCCCAGUCCGCUCGACAAGCAGCAGUCUCGCCGUCGCCUUCGCCUCAGUCGUCGGAUGCUGAGAAUCAACCUCCUUCCUCGAGACCUUCCACCUCACAGAAACGCGUGACACAUGCGCCCACUUCGUCCACCCCAGCGCGGCCAAGCUCCCCGACCAAGCGGAAGGCUCUGGCCAGUCUCCAGAGCACAACGCCCUGGAACCCAGUCGACAUUGACCUCAUUUUCGGAUCCCCUGAAAAGGAUGACAAGAGGAACCCCGUUGACAGGCUGUUGCACAAAGGCUCAGAGCUGACCAGCCCGGAGAAACGGAUGACGGUGGAGGAGUGGAUUCAUCACAACGCGAACCAGGCGGAGGCGAAGCUGCGGCAGGAGUGCGAGACCAUGGUCAGCAAGUUUGAGAGCGAGGGAAGCAAAGCCAUGAACGUUUUGGAGGGCUUGAUUGUGGAAUAACAAAAUGUUUGCAUAGCGUAGUGUUGCUGGAGGAGCUCUCUUUCGGGUCUUUUUAUUUUAUUUUUAAUGAUUGGUACAAUGAUCAUGAUAGAACAACAAACGCACCAGUAUACACGUUGUCUGGGCGGGGGUCAAAGCCGCGAGGAGUUGGUUUACGGAGGGGUUGAACAAGAUCAACAAGUCAACCAGGAUAGGGGAGAGGGAAGAGGAGCCGGAUUGUCGAAUUCUUCUUCUGUGGAAUACUUUACAAAAUAGGAGACGGGGAAACGAAGAGGAGCUACUAAGUUCUUCUGACAGGCAAUGUCAUUAUUAUUACUCGGUGUGUUUCUUAAAAAUAAGGAGGGUGUUUUUUCUAAGUUCUAUGUUCAUUACAGAAAUCCCCUCGUGAAAAAAUAGCCUCGUUUCCGUCUAAUCAUUUUAAUCCAGUUGUGGUAUCGUUCCGGCAUGUAAAAAUCAUUGGUUGUUUUUUUCUCAUUCCUUCCUCACUUCUCCCACACUCCUUUCCACCUCGUUCUAUGUGUGCUUCAUGUCGCCAU